GCAGAGCAGCCUCGCGCGCGCGGGCGGAGAGACGAUGCGGCCACCGCCCGUGCGAACGCCGCGGCUCCCGCGCGCCCUGAUGCUGUUGGCUGCGCUCCUGGCCGCCGGCCGAGGGCUACCCCUGAGGAAGCGGGGUCCCGGACCCCACGGCCCCUCGAGGAUGGUGGAGGCCUCACCUGCCCCAGACCCCGGCUCUCCCCAGGAUAAGGAGGAGACACCAGGAUUUGCUGGAAAACACCUACAGGCAGAACCAUGUCAACCCAGGUGUCAGACCCUCCCUGAGCCGCCAGCAGCUCUGACUCUGGGUACAGCCACCCCUCCCAGGACCCUGGAACACACACCCCUGCUGCUGGAGCUGCAGAAGCUGCCGGGAUUGGCCAACACAGACUUGAGUGCCCCGAACCCCAAUAUCCAGGUGACCAUCGAGGUGGUGCAGGACCCCCAGGCUGAGGUAGAGAUGGACCUGCCUUCUGAACCCAGCCCUGUCUGGCCCCUGCGCGCCCCCAGCUGGUGGCCCACCAGGGAGCUCUUCUGGCCCCUCUUCUGGGGCUACCAGGAAGGUGAAGAAGGAGACACCAGCCUCAAAGACACAGCCCCCGGGGAAGUGGAGGAGGAAGAAGAAGAAAAGGCCUAUGCUGCAGAGUAUGGUGAUGGUGAGAACCAGGAGGGCAGUGAAGAGGAGGAGGAGGAGGAAGAGGAGCCUUGGUCCAGUGGGGCCACAGACAACUGGGAGUAUGGCUGGUUAGGUCCUCGGGACCGGGACUUCACGGAGCCAGACAGCUAUGACGAUGAGCCUCAGGAGGAGUGGAGCCCCUGGUCCCCCUGCAGUGGGAGCUGCCGCAGCGGCAGCCAGCAGAGAACUCGGCCCUGCGGCUACGCCUGUACCGCCACCGAGUCCCGGGCCUGCGACCUGGCCCCCUGUCCUGGCACCGAAGACGAGCACACCUUGGGCUUUCCCAGUGAGGGGUGGCAGCCCCUAGCCCACAAUGCUACGGAUAUGCUUGAUCCAGACGUGGACAGCUGUGAGAAGUGGCUGAACUGCAAGAGUGACUUCCUAGCGAGGUACCUGAGCCAAGUCCUCCAGGACCUGCCCAGUUGCCCCUGCGCGUACCCGCUGGAGGCUGUGUACAGUGCCGUGAGCCUGCGGGAUGAGCAUCAGGGUCGCAGCUUCCAGUGGCGGGAUGCCAGCGGCCCACGGGAGCGCCUGGACAUCUACCAGCCCACAGCCCGCUUCUGCCUCCGCUCCAUGCUGUCGGGGGAGAGCAGCACCCUGGCCGCCCAGCACUGCUGCUACGACGAGGGCAGCCGGCUGCUGACCCGAGGCAAGGGGGCCGGGGCUCCGGACCUCGUCAGCACCGACUUCUCACCCGAGCUGCACUUCAAGGUAGAUAGGUUGCCCUGGAUCCUGUGCAAGGGGGACUGGAGUCGCUACCACACCGUGCGUCCCCCCAACAAUGGCCGGGCCUGCGCAGACAACCCACCCGAGGCAGAGUACCUGGCCCAGCUGCAGGAAGCCAAAGAGUACUGAGGAGGAGAACGGUCCUUCUGCCUCCCCUGCCCUGCCCCUGCUGGGCACUGGGCAAGUGUUAGGGUUCAUCUGAGAGGCCCCGUGGCCUGCAUACCCCCUCUUGUGACCCUGAGUCAGGAGAGCCCAGGCAUCUCAAGGACUGGUGAGAAAGUUGGAGGGUGUGUGAGGGAAUGCGUCUGUGUCUGACGGGGAGGCGCCGUCCCAGUCUGGCCUGGGACCUUUUCCCUUUCUUGCAGAACGGGGCCCCUCUGCCUCUCCCUCUGCUCAGGACUGAGACAGGAUGCUCCCGAUGAUGCUGCACCCAAGUUCCCAGGAUCUGCUGUGAAUCCCUCAGACCCCCCCCACCCUGUGGCCCGUUGAGGCAGAGCGUGGGGGCGGGGGACACACACAGUCCUUUCCUCUGACCCUACAGCUGCUCUCUGCUGGCCUAGCAGAUCCAGGGUGACCACUCCUCCUUGUCCAUGGGUGGCGCUCAGCCUCUUGUGCCUCGUCCUGUGCUGUGAGGUCCUGGGGGCUUGGGAGGACGGCUGAGCCGAGGCGGGGCGUUGAUUUGAGGCAGGGAACCACCUGCUGUUUCUGGUCCUCCUUGGUUCAGGUCCCCAGAUGGAAGGAAUGUGCAGGAUGCCACUGCCAUGGCAGCCAGGCGUGGGGUGGGCUCAGAACUAGGGGUGGGCUCAGGAGGGGGUCAUGUGGCUGUCGUGGCUGUUAAGCCAGGAACACGACGGGACAGACAGUCCCAGUGUUCGAUGUGUGGUGUCAGUACCCCCAGCGGCGGCCCACCUAAAGCUCCCUCAUGGCGCCACCGGAAGCACGGGAUUUGGCCUUGGGGUCCGGAGACGUGCCCUUUGGCUCCCAACACACCUGGGCCUCUUCCCGGGCUCUUCUCAUCCCCCCAACCGCACUUCUUCGUCUUCUCUGGAGCUGAAAUGUCUGAAGCCCUAAUAUUUGUGUCUCCAUUCACAAAUCCCCGCCCCCCGCCCCAGAAGGACUUGGCAGGGGACUUGAGUUCCAGCCCCCCUCCACGGCUGUCCGGAAGCUGUCCUAGGAUCCUCGGAAGUAAAGCACUUUAUUUUCACACACUGUGUGAGAAAGGAUUUGGGCCCUGGAAGAAGGGAGGGUGUAGAGGCCCUUGCUUAUCUAUCACCCAGGUCAAACUCCUCUUGGCUGGGCUUGCGAUAGAUAACCAAGCCAACAACUCCUUUUCCUAAUGCAGCUGCCCAUGGGGCUUCCUGAAUGCAGGGACUAGACUCUCGCCAUUGGUUAGGCUUGCUCACACCCAGAGCAGGCUGCCUUUGAGCCUGUCUAGCGGCUGGCUAGACCCAGAACUCCAAAUCCGCGAUGCACACACAGGCAAACGGCAUUUACUCUGCAGGGAAGUAGCACCUCUCUCCUCCAAGAGAUUAGCUUGGAGGGGGUCCAACCUGACAUGAGAGGUGCACCUGUACUUUCCCGUAGCCUGUGUCCUUAUCAGACCCCCUACUGUCAUCCCUAACGUUUCAGGGAAAGGCAGAGUUAUGGCAGGGUAUUAUCUUAGUCUGGGUCCAAACAACAACCUAAAUAUGUUCCGCUGCAAGUAGAAUAUUAGUGGGUGGGAACAGAGGGUCUCAGGCCAUCAGGUAGGAGCCAGGGUCCCUCCUCUCUGUUCCCUAAGGAGUUCAAUGAGUGCCUAUAAUCCUAGCCCUUGGGAGGCUGAGACAGGGAGGUUAUGAGGGUUGUUGUUGUUGUUUGGUUGGUUAUUUUUGUUUGUUUGUUUGGUUGGUUUUUGAGACAGGGUUUCUCUGUGUAGUCCUGGCUCUCCUGCAACUCACUCCAUAGUCCAUGCAGGUCUCAAACUCAAGUGAUUCACUCUCUGCCUCUGCCUCCUGGGAGUGCUGGGAUUAAUGGUAUGCGCCGCCACCGCCCGGCUGGGUUGUGGAUUGUAAACUAUCUCCCUGUCUAUACAUCAAAGUAACUGACCAACGUGAAUGGAUUCAGGAGGUAGAGAUAUUAGUUCCUCACGUUCUAAUAAAGUUGCCCUUGGGGACCAAGAACAAGUUCACCACGGAGAAGGUAGACAUUACCGUUGGUCGUUUUAGAGCCCGAAGAGGCAGCCGGGCAGGAUGUGUCUGAGCUGAGAGGACCCCUCCCCGCUCCGCCCAUGGUCCUUCUUCAGGAAAGUGUGAUUGACAGGCCUGGAAAUGCUGGGAGCAGGCUCAAGGGGAGCAGGGGAGCCGAGCAGCUGAAAACACUGGUGGCCAGGAGAGCAUCUUAGGUUGCCUAUCGAGACUUGGUCCCCCCCCCCCUGCAAAAAAAAAAAAAAAAAACAAUAGAUCCUGGGGAUGUAGCUCAGUGGUAGAGCACCUGCCGAGCAUGUAUGAAAACCUGGAUUCAAGCCCCGGUAACACGUGCACAGAGCACAGGACUAUUUUGUGUCUGACCGGGGUCUUUCUGGCUUGUCCAGACUGGCCUCCUGAGCGCAAGUGAUCCGCCUCUUCCAGCUUCUGCAUGACUGGGGCCACAGGCAUGGGCUGCCACCUUCUGCUCCUUUUAAUUACGUUUUAGCAGAAACUUUAAAACAAACAAACAAACAAACAAACAUCCCAGCGUCUCUCCAUAGGCACUGCCCAUUCAGCUCCCUUCUAGUAGAAUUUUUAUCUUGGCACUUAAAUAUCAUCCAAACCUAAUCAAUGCCCAGGGGUUGUCUAUUGGACUCGAAAUGCCACGCUAAAUUACUGCCACAUCAAGCCCCAGGUGAGAGAAACCUGAAGAAAGGAAAGAGAGGUUGCCACCGGGAGGGAGGCUUGCAGGGGCAGUAGCCGAUCAGCUGUGAAGUAAGUGUUUAUUCAAGCUGUGCUAAGGAGAAAGAGACCCUGGGCAGGUGGCUGCAGCCUUAGGGAACACUUGUGCAGGGGGGACAAGCACCAAUGACGGGGGGGGGGGGGGGGUGGGGUGGGGUGUCACUGAACCUCUGAAAGGGACGGUUUAGGAGUGGCUAGUGUCAGACCCAGGAGGCCUUGAAAUCAGAGAAGGCUCUUCCUCUUCAGCUCAGCCUUGUGUCGCACACCUUGCUGACUCGGCCAGCUGCAUGCCCAGCAAGAAUACUAACCCCGUGAAUACCCGUCAGCAAGAAUACCAACCCCAGAAUACCAACCCCGUGGUGAAUACUGCACGGUGGAGCCCCAGCCCCCCAGCUGGUUUGGUUCCCUCUUCUCUCUCUGGCUUGCUUCACGCAGGCCCCUAGGCUAGGCGGGACAGAUCAAGUUGAAAAGAGCCAGCAACAGCACAGACGUAGGAUGCUUCAAAGCUUUCCAAAGAUCGGAUAUGCCCCUUGCUUCCUCUAUUACAGGUAGAUUUUCUUGUUUGAAGUGCUUCUAAGAAACGAAAUGCUGACAACUAGAGUGAGCUAAGACACGAAAAUGCAAAUGUGUGGGCCAAGCAUCUACACUUGGAAAGUAAAAAUCUCUAUAAAGGUGAAGUCUGGGAUUCUGUAUAGAACAGGGUUCCCCCAGGUGACCCUAAGGUAUGGAAACCCAUUGUUCUGGGCACGGCCAUCUGAACUAAACCAGUAUGUCAUAGUAUGUUUUGUUUGUUUUGUUUUUUUGAGACAGGGUUUCUCUGAGUAGUCUUGACUGUCCUGGAACUCACUCUAUAGACCAGGCUGGCCUAAAACUUCACCUGGCUCUGCCUCCCGAGUGCUGGGAUUAAAGGUGUGUGCCACCACCACCCGGCCCAUAGUAUCCAUUUUGAUUUAAGGGAAAAUAGCUGAGGUUGGUCGUGAGUCCAGAAGUCAGCAGACACUAGGUGUUGCCAAGUGCAUCCUUAGUUAGUUAGUUUUUAAAGACAGGGUCCCUUCUGUAGCCAGAUCAGGUUAACCUUAGGUACUCUCUACAUAGACCUGUCUGGGACCAGUGUGACCAGUGUGGCCCUGGUAUUGUGGCGAUCCUUCGGCCUGUGCUUCCUGAGAGCUUCGAUCACAGGUGGACACUGUCAUGCCCCACUCCAUUCCUUGCAUGGUCUUCCACGGUACCUGGUAACACGUGUUAUCAACAUUUAUAAACUAGGACAUUGGCCUAGCCAGCUGGAGAGUGGAAAUGUUCACCAUUCAAAACAA